AUGACUUGUGUAACAUCUCCUUAUUUCAUUGUAAAGGUUAAUGAGGAAGGUCAUGGUUGUUUUGUGGGGAAAAGAGGACUAAGGCAAGGGGAUCCUAUGUCUGCAUUGUUGUGUGUCUUGGUCAUAGAGUAUAUGACAAGGGUUUUGAAGAGAAUGAGUGAUCUGCCUGAUUUCAAAUUUCAUCCUAUGUACAAAGCUUUAAGAUUUACUCACUUAAUCUUUGUUGAUAAUCUCAUGAUCUUCUGUAAAGGGGGCCUACAUUCUGUGAAUAGAGUUAUGGAAGCUCUUCAGCACUUUAGUUUAGCUUCUAGAUUAGUUGCCAAUAUGGAGAAGUCAAGCAUUUUCUUUGUUGGGGUUAAUACAGCUACCAAAUAUGUUCUCCUAGAGAAGAUUGGGUUCUCGAAAGGAUCAUUUCCUAUAAUACAUUUGGGCCUUCCCUUAUCUCCAAAAAAAAUGGAACAAGCUUUAUUGCAAACUGCUGAUAUAUAG